UCUCGUUAGCUAGAGAAGGCGCGACAGUUCAGGAACCGUUAAGAGCCAGCAACAGCUGCAACCUGAAGUAAGAGUUCAAACUCGUUCUCCAUGUAGGAAAUCGAACUUUCAGGUUUCUGUUUAUCUGCACUGUUUGCUACAGAGCGUCACUAUCGUUGCCAUCAUCAUUAUCGUCGAUGCCGUCGCCGUGCGCGUGCAGACUGGCCAUGAGACCUCGGUUCUAGGAAGAAGCCGUUGCUGUUGCACACCGUGGAUCUUCAACCAAUCCCUGACUGUGGGUACGCGCCACAACCACCCUAGUGAGCAACAACAACAUCUUCAACGACAAGUGGAAACGCCAUGCCGAAUGUGCGUCGAGGAGUUCUGCGUUGUCUGCGGGACGCAGAGAUCGCCGGCGUCAACUGGCGCCCGACGCUGUUCGCCGAGGAGUUCCUGCACCCGCACGCCUGCUGCCUGUGCCAAGUGAUCCCCAAGAACACGAUCUUGCUGCCGUGUUCUCAUGCCCUGUGUGAGACGUGCGAGCGGGGCAGCCUGCGAAAGAACGGCUCCGGAGGCGCUUGCCCGCUGUGCGGGGAGCCGUUUGACGAGGACGAGCGCCAGGUCAUCAAGCUUUCCCCGAAGAAGGCCAGCAACCUCAAGGUGCACUGCUGGAACCAUGCCCAAGGCUGCCGCUACGUCGGCGUUCUGUCAGCCGUGCUCGUGCACUACGAGCAAGAGUGCACCUACCACUCGACGCCAUGCCUGGGUUGCGGCGAGAGCGUCCUGCACCGAGACUUGCCGAGGCACUACAAGUCCGGCUGCCGUCGCUACAAGCUGCCCGGCAAGUGGAGGCAGGCGGGACAGGGCGACGCAGGCGCCGCGGGCGACGGGAGCGCAGCUAUCCCCGCAGAGCCUAAGCCCGUCGUAGACGACGCCCAGCUGUCGGCCCUGCAGAGCCUGAUGAACGAGCUGACGCGCCAGAUGAGAGAGCUCAGCCAGGCGCUGCAGAAGGCGUCCGGAACCCUGUUGGACACUGAGCUUGGGCUGGACAGCGAGCUGUCCGAAGCUUUGGAGAAACUCUCCGUGGCGUCCGGCGAAUCGGCCGACUUCGAGAAGCGCGCACGCCUGUCGUCUCAGUCCUCAGUGGCUUCGGCAGAUCUCGCGAGUGGUGGCACUGGUGGCGAUAAGCGAGCCGGCACCGGCGCACAGGUGACGCGGGCUGCUCCCGUGGACCAGGCGAGUAGGGAAGACAGUUCCAAAGCCGACGCCAAAGCCAAAGCAGAAGUCAAAGCUGAGGCCAACGUGGAAGCCAAAGCCGAGGCCAAGAUUGUGAAGAAGGUCGCGAUGCCGUGGGCCUUGGAGGAGAGGCACAUCCUCCGCAAGCUGGAGAUCGUGGCCAACCACUCGCUCCACUACCUGGAAAGCCUGCACCAGGGAGCCGCUCGUCCGGGAGCUGCGAUGACGAGCUACGAGCUCGUUCCCCUGGGAUCGAACGACACGAUCGACGCGACGCUGUGCGCGAUCCCGCGCUGCGGCCGGAUGCCUCGCCACGCGGUCUACCGCUUCAGCACCAAGGGCAUCGAGGAGCUGUUGAAGCCUGGCGUGUUCGACCUGAAGCUCUCCGGCGCUGCGACGCGUUGGCACCGGCGAGUGCUCUUCUUCACCGUCAUCCUCGCCUCGCGCGCGUCGGAACGCAGCUUGGAAGUGUUCGUCAAGUGGGGUCGCACUCUCGACGCUGACCGUCAGCCGCCCCAAAUCUUGAAGGUGGCGGUUGUCCACCGCGAUUUCCUCAGGUACCGCGCCUUGGAGAGGGGGGACACACUGCCCCUGGAUGCCGUUUUUCUUCCCGGAUUCCAUCUGAAAUUCAAAACGAGCUACGCGGAUCUGAAGGAUGACAAUGGCUUCAUGCAAGACGGAGAGCUGAAGAUCGAAUUGGUCAUAGGGGACUAGUCCGCCUAUUCCACUUAUCAGCAUCAACUGUACACUCGUCGAUCAAGCGAUGCACUGUACGCUCGGUUUCCUUUUAUCAAAGAACAGCCAGCUCCUUCUUGCAGUCAUAUUGCCAUCGCUGAAAUUUUCAUGCUCUGAAAGUUAAGUUGCCCCUUUGUGGAUUGACCAGAACGUCAACCCUUACUUUAAUGCAGCAAUGAUGGACUCUGCAGCUUUCAAUUUUAUACCACGUUUUUUUUUUCACUUCAAUAAACUUGAUAACUUGG